CAGCCCUUUGUGUUUGCUGUUCAAAUUGCAGUCCAAAAGCAGAAAUUGGCUAUUAACCCUGUAAACUGGCCUCUGCCCCCAGAGACUGAUCACUGACGUUAGAAAGCUGAGCUGACGCAGAUGAGAGCCUGUUUGUAGCAUUCCAGGGCACCCGUACCCAAAUCCAUGAAUGUGGUCCUGGGUUGAGCACAGGAUGGGGAGGGGUCAGAACCUUCAGGGGCCAAAUUAUUCCUACCUCCUGCUCAUAGACCCACAGAGGCUACGCCACCCCCUUAACAUGGGCUGGCUGGAAGGAGAGAGAGGCCCCAGCAUAUCUGCUUCCACCUGGAGUGCCCCAGCCCUGGCGCCCAGAUGUGCAGAUGAGGACCAUGCCCACAACCCCUUUUACAGGUGGCAAACAGGCCCACAGGAAGGGUAGUCAUCACUCCCCAGACCUUUUAACAGGCCUCUUAGGCCCCCCUGUUUGUAUCGGGGAGUGCCCUGAGCUAGUGGGACUCAAGGAGACCCCAAGCAUUGCCUCUCAGGGCCACAAUUUUGGGGGUCAGAGAGGGCUCUGAAGGCUUUCUGAGGACCUAAGGGCAGGAGCUUGAGAAUGCAGUCAGGAAAGUGGGGAGAUGAGACUUCAGGGGCCAGGCUGAAGCAGCAGUCCUCUGACCAGACCUCUGAGACAUGAGGAGGGAGCAUCUAUCUGGUGACCCCAGGGCCAGCAGCUAUGCAUAUGUUGGGAUGGGAAGGGGGUUGGUGGCGAGCUGCUCCCCCUCUCCUCUUUGAGACGUCACUGGCGUCCAUGGGGGUGGAACUGCUUGAUCCAUAAAGCCUGGGGCCGACUGGCUGGGUUCCACUGCAACCUUGGAGAGCCACCUCAAGGAGCCACUUCAUCCACAGCUCUCCCUUGGUGAGUGAAAAGGCUGCCCUCCCCAAGGGCUGGGGUUCCAGGACAGAGUUCCAUUCUGGGUGCAUGGCACCCUGCUCCUCUUCCCCGUCCCUCUACCCCUGACCCAUGCCUAGAGAAGCCCCCUGUCCCGCUUCUCUCCCCAACAACGCUAUUCCUGUGCCUGCUGCCCUUCCCUAGCGUGAGAGGAGCAAGGGGUAGGAGGCGCUUGCCCCUGUAACCACCACACAUGCAUUCCACAUCCCUAAUUGCCAUGAAACCCACAGAGAAAAGGGGCAAGGGGUCUGUCAAUCAGGUCCCCAGCACAGGGUGCCCAAGUACCCCUACAUUGCUGCAUGUCUCUUGGAGAACUCCCCUGACCAGAGUCUGUUCCCCCUCUCCAAACUUCUCUCCUGGAAGCCCUGAAGGGAGAAAAGGUGGGCCUGACCUACUGGGGAGGGCCCCCUGCUGGCAAAGGUGGGAGGAGUCUCUUUCCCAGGAGACCUCGAGGGUCUGGACCCCUGUAGUCUGGGAUGAGAAACAAUAGCAGAAGGGAGGACAUUAGGAAAUGCUAAAGCUGCCCCCGAAGUGCCAGUUGUCCAAAGGGACCUUGGAGGAAGGGGAAGGGGGUGUGUAUGGGGGUGUCAGACUCCUUGAGUGCUGUCCACUGUCCAGGGGGGCAGCCCUGCCAUGGCCAGCUUUGGGCUAGGCCUCCUGCUGCUGCUGCUGCUGACCACACAUCCUGGAUCCUCAAAGGCUCAGCACUGGUCCCAUGGCUGGUACCCUGGAGGAAAGCGAGCCUCUAGCUCAUCCCAGGAACCCCAGCAUGCUCCUAGGCUCCCAGGAAGGGUUCUGGGCACUGCAGCAGGCAGCCCAGGCCAAAUUGCUCAUAGCCUCCCAAGCAAUGCCCUGGCUCCCCCUGAGGACACUGUACCCUGGGAGGGCAAGACCAUGGUCCAGUGGCUUCUCCGUGGGAAGCAGCACCUGGUGCAGAAACUGCUGGUAAGUAGGGCGCAAGGCCCCCAGCACUGGCCAGGGAGGGGUUGGGGAUGGAAGGAACAAGAUACCACUGAGAUAUCCCUUGGCCCAGCUAUUGGUGCCACCUGCUAUUCAGUACCCCCAAAUCUAGACAGUUUAUGAUGAGAUAAUAGAUUAAAGCAAAUAAGUUACUAGUGGAGCAGGAGGUAACUACUAAAAACCUCCAUAAAUAAGACAGUGGCAGUAAUGAGGUUCCCCAGACUUCUUGACAGUCUGGAGAAACCACUGUGUCUCCAGGUGCGCAGGCCGGCAGCCAGUGGAAAGUGAGGGGUGCGACCUUACACUUAGCUGUAGGGCCCUGAAAACCAGCUGGUUACUGAUAGCUGCACUAGGAAUGACUCAAGAGCUCCCCAAGGCCAAUAGCGAAAAACAGGUGUAGGGAGGUGGUUUAUUACUGUCUUGCAAAUUGUAUUUUAAAGUGCCCCUUGGGAGCAUCUUAACUAAAGGAGAAAGGUAAAUUCCUGUAAGGCAGGCAAAACCUUAUCCCCAAAUAUAAGAUGGUAGGAGCUCAGGUUUAAGGUGAGCUAUACCUCCACGCCUACGAAGCUGGAGAACCUGCACGCUGUGUCCUCUAGGAGGCAACAGUGCGUCCGCAAGAAGUGGGAGCGGGGAACACCCGCCGGCCGGCGGCCGAUCCCACGCAGCUGGGCCUAGUCGGGACGGGAAGGAAAGGAGGGCGUGGGCAAGGCCUCAGCUCGGUGGUCAGAUGACCAGAGCAUCCAGUGGAAUGACCGCCCCUUCCUCCCACAGAACCGACCACGACCGCUGCGCCCCGCUGCCCUCCAAUAAAGGUGUGAAGUUCCCUGAGUUUUUGCAUCUUCUUUCGUUUGUCCCCUCUCUUCCACCCCUACUGACAGCCAUUCCCGCGUGCGGCUGGAGAGACGCGGGCCGGGGACAUGGGGCGGGACUGGACCCAGCAGGGAG